GCUCUCUAUUUUGCAUAUAUACAUUAUUUAGUAUUAUUAUACUAAGAAAGAAGAUAAAAGGAAAAAGAAGGUCCAAGCUUUUAGCACUUUGUAUAUAUUGUUGAAGUUGAGAAUGUCAAUGAUUUAUACCGUUAAAGUUGAGGAAGCAAGGCCGGUGACGGAGGACAAGCCGUCGGCGGGGCCAGCUUACCGCAGCAUUUAUGCCAAAGAUGGCCUGCUGGAGUUGCCGGAAGGGUUACACUCUCCCUGGGAGUUCUUCAGUGGCUCUGUUAAGAAAAACCCUGAUAGUCCAAUGCUGGGACGACGCCAGACCACCGAUUCAAAGGUGGGUCCCUACGUGUGGCUUACGUAUCAGGAGGUUUAUGAUUCAGCCAUUCGCAUUGGUUCUGCAAUUAGGAGCCUCAAUGUGAAUCCUGGAGAUCGUUGCGGUAUAUACGGAUCAAACUGUCCACAGUGGAUCAUAGCAAUGCAGGCCUGUUACAGCCAUGCCAUAACAUAUGUUCCACUAUAUGACACGCUAGGUCCUGAUGCAGUUGAGUUUAUCAUUAAUCACGCCGAAGUUUCCAUAGCAUUUGUUCAAGAGAACAAAAUCCCUUCUAUUAUAUCAUGUCUUCCAAACUGUACUGCAAAUUUAAAAACAAUCGUCAGCUUUGCCAAUGUUUCGAGCGCACAAAAGAAGGAAGCUGAAGAACUAGGGGUGUCAUGCUUUUCUUGGGAGGAAUUCUCUCAGUUGGGGAAUUCGAGUUAUGAACUGCCUGCAAAACAGAGGACUGAUAUAUGCACACUGAUGUAUACAAGUGGAACUACUGGAGAACCAAAAGGUGUCAUUCUUACUAAUGAGGCAAUCAUGGCUGAGGUUUUGUCAACGGAACAGAUGCUUGAGUUGACAGACAAAGCGUUUACAAAAGAAGAUUCAUACUUUUCAUACCUUCCUUUGGCCCAUGUAUAUGAUCAAGUAAUGGAGAACUACUGCAUCUACAAGGGCAGCUCAAUAGGCUUUUGGAGAGGAGAUAUUAGGUUUUUGAUGGAUGACAUUCAAGAACUGAAGCCGACUAUAUUUUGUGGAGUUCCUAGAGUUUACGACCGAAUAUACUCUGGUAUAGCUAGUAAAAUUUCAGCUGGAGGAACACUGAAGAAGAUGCUAUUCCAAUAUGCAUAUAACUAUAAAUUGGCAAAUCUGGAAAAGGGCCUCCCACAAGACAAGGCAGCACCUCUCAUGGACAAGCUUGUCUUUGAGAAGAUAAAACUAGCAUUAGGAGGACGAGUUCGCUUCCUGGCGUCAGGUGCUGCGCCUUUGCCUAGGCAUGUGGAGAAAUUCUUGAGGAUCACAAGCUGUGCUACUUUGUCACAAGGAUAUGGCCUUACUGAAAGCUGCGGCGGGUGUCUUACAUCUAUAUCCAAUGUUUUCCCUAUGAUUGGAACUGUUGGAGUCCCCAUCACAACGAUUGAAGCCAGACUUGAGUCGGUGCCGGAGAUGGGAUAUGAUGCACUUUCCGACAUGCCACGUGGAGAGAUUUGCCUGAGAGGAACAAACUUGUUUUCUGGCUACCAUAAGAGAGAAGAUCUAACUAAAGAGGUCCUUGUUGAUGGAUGGUUUCAUACAGGUGACAUUGGAGAAUGGCAACCAAAUGGAGCAAUGAAAAUCAUAGACAGGAAAAAGAAUAUCUUUAAGCUGUCCCAAGGGGAAUACGUUGCUGUGGAGAACAUUGAAAGCAAGUACUUGCAAUGCCCUCUCAUAACUUCGAUAUGGGUCUACGGAAACAGCUUCGAGUCGUUUCUUGUGGCUGUAGUUGUCCCCGAGAGAAAGGCGCUGGAGGAUUGGGCGGCAAAUCAUAAUCUGACCGAUGAUUUCAAAUCGCUGUGUGAAAACCCAAAGGCGAGGAAAUACAUUAUGGAUGAGCUCAAUAGCACUGGUCAGAAACAUCAACUUCGAGGUUUUGAGAUGCUAAAAGCUGUUUAUUUGGAGCCAAAUCCAUUUGAUAUGGACAGAGAUCUUACAACUCCAACUUUUAAACUGAAGAGACCCCAAUUGCUUAAAUAUUACAAGGACCAUAUUGAUAAACUGUACAACGAAGCAAAGGAAACAAGAGUAUGAGAGUAGUAGCAAUACCAAUCUCUACCAUUUCCCAAGUAUAUGACUUCUUAUGUGGUUUGUCUGAGCAUUUGUUGACUCAGAAUUGGCUAUAUAUUUUUCAAGGGGUGAAUUACAAUAAAAACUUGUGUUUGUCUAUAAAUAAGGAUCAUUUGACAACUAUUACUA